UCCAUUUAGUCGUGCUGUUUAAGUUUAAGUCCAAUGCGUUCUUAUCUAGAUAUAUUAUGACAUGCCUAUACCUGUGUCUCCUCCCCUGAGAGAUGCAGGGAAAGAGGGGCCAUAUUGUUCGAUCUCUCUCUCUUUCCAUUCCCUGACCAGAGCUCCUGAAAUCCGCCAUGGAUUUCAGUUGCUUCCAGCCACAUUCAGGAUGCUGUGAUGACAUGCCACUUGACUCAUAUGUGCAGCAAAAUGACCACCAGGAGCUCCAUCUUGUUGAUCAUCCAUUGUUCGAGGGCGUCACCCAUGGCCAUGAAUACUAUUCUUCAUACGCCGGUGGAUCAUUUCUUCCCUUUGCAACCUACUACGAUCUUGGCCAUGAUGACUACUGCCCUCAUGGAGGAGGAGAUAAGGAGGCCGUCGUCGACCAGGCUUCGCCGACUGUUCAUAAAGCUUCGCCUCACCUUCCUCUCUUCACACCUAAAUCUGAGGUUUCUCAUCUCAUAGGAGGUGGUGUGGUUGGAUCAUACAAGGCAUUUGAGAUGAAUGGUAGGCUCAUCCGGCGUAAGAAGUCUUCGGGUAAGUCUCUGAAGAAGGCUAAUGUCGUCAAGGGGCAGUGGACAUUGGAGGAAGACAGGAAGCUUGUGAAAUUAGUCCAGCAGUUUGGAUUAAGGAAGUGGUCUCACAUAGCUCAAAUGCUUCCUGGAAGGGUAGGCAAGCAGUGCAGAGAAAGAUGGCACAACCAUUUGAGGCCUAACAUCAAGAAAGAUACAUGGAGUGAGGAGGAAGACAUAGUUCUAAUCCAAACGCACAAAGAAGUAGGCAACAAAUGGGCAGAGAUAGCCAAGCACCUACCUGGUAGAACAGAAAACUCUAUCAAGAAUCACUGGAACGCAACAAAAAGAAGGCAAUUCGCACGGAGGAGGAGCCGUGCUAGCUCAAAGAACCCGAAAUCUGGAACCCUUCUACAAAACUACAUCAAAAGCCUUGGAAUUGGUCCAAUCAAGUCCAGUGUCCGUCUAUCUCCACUAGAACAACCUACAGUGUCAUCUUCACCGGCAAACACACAAAAGUUAGCACAGGUGAAUGGUGUGAGGACAGGCUCCAACUUAUCCAACCAAAUGGUCACCCAAGAAACACUCAGCAUGGAUGAGAAUGAUGACAUCCAGACUAACACUUGUGAAGAAUUCCAGCUGCUGGUUUCUACCUAUGGUGACUUAUGCCUUGAUAUGUGUGAUCAUUUAUUCGAAACAAAGGAGGAGGCACCGUACCAGGUUUACAACAUCGAUGGUGAUGAUGUUGACAUGAACUAUAUCUUCAACCAUAUUGAUUAUGCUAACAAGAUCGGCCAUGAGAUAGAAGAUAUGGAAAUGGCAUGGGAUGAUGAUGUGCUUGAACUUGAAGACAAUGAAUCUGGAUCGUCACCAUUGGAGACGCCAGCAGUGCAUGUGAAGGAGGAGAUGGAUCUAGUUGAGAUGGUCACACGUACACAAUUUGCGGCUAGUGGAUGAGGAAAUAAUUAACCAGUGAUGUUACUGCAUGUGCUACUAAUAUAUACUACACGACCUUUUGGAGUGCAACCUUGGAAUCUAUAUGGUUAAUAAAUAUUAGAGAAAUAAGAAAAAAACACAUUCUAUGUAUGGUUUCAAAUGAACUGAUUAUAUUGUAAUUAAUUAAUAUUCUAAGCUUUUUCUUUUUUCUUGA